AGAUAUGUGGUGGGUACAUUCAGAAAAGCUUUCAAACAUGACCUCGAAGAAGAAGAUUUGUAUGAAGUUGUCGGAAUAUGUGGCUCGAAAAGGUGUGGAAAUAAUCUGGAAGAGCAGUGGAAGUUAGAAAAUAAGAGGAGUUCUGAACCAUCUAUCUCAAAAGCGGUGUGGAAAAUAUUUGGCUGGAAAUAUACUAUAAUAUGUGCUGUAGAUUUGAGUUUCAGAAUAUCCAAAACAAUAUUGGAACCUUAUGCACUCACAAAUCUUAUUUCGUACUUCAAAGCAGAACAAACGACAAUGUCAAGAAAUGAUGCUUAUUUUUACGCUGUCAUGUUAAUAGCUGUUCAGCAAAUAUUCCGUAUUUAUAAUAGCAACUACAUUAUUUGGGUUCAGCAACUGGGUGUUGAGAUAAAAACAGCAUUCUCUUCAUAUUUAUACAGGAAAGCGUUGAAACUGACACCUUCAGCUGUAUCAGAAAUUUCUCUAGGCAAUAUUGUGACAUUAAUAACGAAAGAUGUACAGAUAUUAAGAGAAUCCGUGUGGGUUAUCAAUGAUGUUAUUAAUGGAAUAGUCCAGACAGUUGUAGUUUGCUAUUUGAUUUUCUCAAAGGUUGGAGUAGCUUCAUUUGUUGGGAUUUCAAUAUUAUUUUCUUCUUUACCAUUUCUUUUGUUGCUUGGGAGAUGGAUCAACAACCUGAGAAUGGCAGCAUGUGCGAAAACCGAUGAGCGAUUGCAAGUGACUCAGGAAACGUUGUCAACAAUCAGAAUAAUCAAAAUGUACACGUGGGAAAACUUCUUCAGGGAGAAAAUCAAUGCCGCCAGGAAUAAAGAAGCCCGUAAGAUGCUUCGAGCAUUAUUCUUGAGAACAGUCUUGAUUCUAGUGGGUGUCUUUUUUUCCAACUUGGGAUUUUACACACUGAUAAUAGCAUUUGCUUGGAUGGGGUGUUCAUCAGACGCCACUAUCGUCUUUUAUCUCCUGUCAAACUUCAAUGAACUCAAAGAGACCAUUGGUAUCUCUAUACCAUGGAAUAUAGGCAAGUGUGCAGAACUGACGUCUGCAUUGGCGAGAAUAAGAAAAGUAAUCACAGCUGAAGAACUACAAGCCACUAAUACUCCGAAUACUUCGGUGAAUAAUCCAACGGUCAAAGUAAAAGAAGUUACGGUUCAUAUAGGAUCUACUGAAAUACUGACUGAUUUGUGUCUAAAGGUCAAUUCGGGGCUUAUAAUUGUGACUGGCUCAGUGGGAUCAGGAAAAAGUUCUCUUUUGAAAACAAUUUUGCAGGAUUAUCCUGUGUCGAAAGGACGGGUUACAUCUUUUGGUACUAUUUCGUACGCUUCCCAAGAUCCUUGGCUCUUUCCAUCUUCUAUUAGACAGAACAUUACAUUUGGUGGAGAUUUUGAUGAAAAACGAUAUCAAGAAGUUAUAAGGGUUUGUGCUCUUCAAUAUGAUUUCAAUCUCCUAGAAAAUGCUGAUGAAACCAUAGUUACCGAUAGGGGAAUGAAUCUUAGUAAAGGACAGCAAGCGAGAAUAAAUUUAGCAAGAGCAAUCUACAAGGAAAGUGAUAUUUACCUAUUAGAUGAUUCUUUGAGUGCUCUAGAUGCUCAUGUCCAAGAUCACAUCUUCAAGGAAUGUGUGAAAAGUUACCUGAAAGAUAAAAUUGUUAUUCUAGUUAGCCAAACAGCUAACCACAUUGACGAAGCAGAUAGUGUUGUGAUAAUGGACAAAGGUCGAAUUAUCGAUUUUGGAAAACCAAGUGGAAAAAUACUACAAGAAGUUAAAGAAAUUGUUCCUGAUGAUGAUGAUCUCGAGAAGGAAGUGAUCGUUGAUGAAGACGACAUUGAAAUGGAUGAAAAUACAAAACUUUUGGAAACCGAACAAAUUUCAACCAAGAAGAAGGUAUACAAGGAAGUGAAGAAAGAAGGCCGUGUUUCUCUAGGUGUUUAUAAAAAAUAUGUCAUAUUCGGUGGGGGGUUCCUUUUACUAUUCCUGAACAUAGCUUUCGCAACUUCUGCACAAUUCACACAAAGUUACUCGGAUAAACUAUUGAGUCGAUGGGUUGACGAGAAGCAAACUGUUCUCAACCUGGAACAGGACCUUGAAGGAUAUGAAGCAACUCGCCAGUCUAUGAAUUCGACAUUGAGCAAUAACCUGUACAAUAUCUCUACAUUUUUGGAAGCUGAGACUCAGGAGCAAAAAACUUUCAAAGUGUACUCAGUCAUGAUUUUCUCUGCUACUUUGACGGCACUGAUAACGUGUUAUGCAAAUUUCGAUUUUUGUAGGAGGGCAUCCAUAAAUAUUCAUAAGGCAUUGGUUGAUAGCAUUAUCAGAGCUGUUAUGUCCUUCUUCGAUACACACUAUAUUGGCAAUGUUUUGAAUAGAUUUUCUGCAGACUUAGCACUGAUUGAUGAGAAUGUUCCUUUCAUCUCUCGAGAAUGUAUGAGGACUAUAUUUUCUAUAAUUGGUCAUUUGAGUCUCCUGCUCUCUGUAGAUAUACAAUUACUGGUGUAUAUUUUGAUCGUUUUCACGUUAUUACUGAUCCUUAGGAGAUUUUGUAUACCUGCUGCUAGAAGCUUGAAACGACUGGAGGCAUCGAGUAGAAGUCCUAUGAUCGGACAUCUCAAUGCUUCACUAGAAGGUUUGACAACAAUCAGAGCUUACAAGGCAGAAGCAAUCCUUAUAGAUGAAUUCGAUCGACAUCAAGAUUUAUAUACGUCUGCGCAUUUCACUUCAUUGUGUUCAAUAAGAGGAUUUAGCUUUUUCAUGGAAAUUAUUGGUUCCACUAUGGUUAUAGCAGUUAUAACAAAGUUUCUCUUCUUUACUACAGAUGUUAGCGCUGGAGAUGUGGGGCUUGCCUUAACGCAAGUAGCGAUGCUUGGUGGUACUGUUCAAUGGGCACUUCGACAAUGGACAGAAUUAGAAACCCAGUUCACUUCUUGA